UGUUUCUGCACGCAUGAAAAGCGCCUAAUUCCUCUUUCUGACACAUUAAAUGCAAAUGUACUAUCACAGCAGUGCGCGACUGCGCGUUUACACAGCGUGUGUUUUGCCCUGGUUGAUAAAGAGAUAAGUAGAGUAAAAACUUUCGUCGUGUGAGAGGUUAGUUCAGUGAUCGUUUUGAACAUUCUCCUCAAAAGUGCAGAUAGAGCUCGUCACAAGGCUAUCUGUAACCUUCAUACAAGAUUUGGGACUGACUGUUCCUUCAAGCAGUUCCAACUGUUCAUUGCUGAUAAACACAAGGGCCUGGAAGCCACUCACUCACACUUUAAAUAAGGCAAAAAAGUGUCUUUAUUCUGACCCGAGUGUUGUGAGCUGGGAUUAAAUACAUUUGCAUCUUCCAACGUUUUGCCUUAAAGAGAUGACCUCAUAUUGAGGUGCCUGCUACUUUGUUGGAUGUUUGGUUGGGGAUGUCCACAGUGAUGGCUACAGAUUUGUUGGCAGACAGAAGAGCAAUCCUACGGGCUUCAUGGAAUAGAUGGAGCAGGACGAAUAAUUCUGAGAUUGAUAAAAUUAUCAAUACUAACACAAGGAACUGUGACGAAGACAUUGUACAGUGCUGGCUUACGUCAGUCCCCAAGGAUGAUGCAAAACCAGACGUUGCCAUGGAGAUGGCAAUGAAGCCUAUAAGGAGAAACAGGAGUGCAGAAGAUGAUCUGGCACUGGGAGUGGAAGCAUCUUUAUAUAGUAAACUCUCCCUCGGGACUGUUUGGAGCUUUCGGAGGUCGUCUGUAGACCCUCCUUCUCUAUCCAGGUUGAACAGUUUUGCAUCGGGUGUCUCGAUACAGUCAGGAGUCAGUGUGAUGGAUGUAUUGACUAUGCUAAAAGAUGACCCUGAAGAACUGUUGCUGGAUUUGGGUUUCGGCAUCGAUGAGCCUGACAUCACAGGGAGAAUCCCGGCCCGUUUCCUCAAUUAUCAGUCCAGUGCUCACGGCAUCAGUUUUCAGCUCUUUCUGGAAGCUCAGCAGAGCCGAAUGGACAUCGAAAACCCGGAUGUCAGGAAUCGAUUUAGACAGCUCGAGGUUCUUCAGCAGGUCACCACGACCUUCUCCUCUCUGGUUGGCCCCAUCUCUCCAGGUGCAGAUGCAUCUUUAGCUUCCCGAAUGUCAGUGGAGGCACGGGAAAGGAGGAAACGCAUGGCUAUGAUUCUGCGUAGAGCCUCCAAGAAGAGUCUCAGCCAUGCCCAAAUGUCACAGAACCAGCAAACACUCUCUCCAACGAACUUAGCCCAGUCUGGCGUGGAAUCCUCUGGGGCUUCACCGGCAGAUAAAAUAAUUCCUUUAAAACGGUCAAGGCAAAGUUUCUCUGACAACAGCGGUCUGCCUACCUUACAAGAGGAGCAGAGUUCUAAUUUUGAAUCGGCUGAGCCCAUUUUAAUUAGUCACCCAACUAGAGGAACAACAGACCCCCUAAAACUUGUGUCUGAUCCCAUGCCCACCGAAGGGAUCUUGCAUCAACCUGUGGAAUCUUUUGAGCUAGAGGAGAUCCAGAGUUUUGAUGAGGGAAGUGUUUCUGGGCACUGCAGUGGCCCGGUGGAUCCUGGAGGUGAACGUUUGGGAUCUAAUGUGAUAAGGACAAACAGUUGUCAGUCAGACAGCAGUGGCUUCCUUGAGGAACCAUUCGUACCAGCGCUCUCUCAGCAGAACAGCCCAGGAUCUGAGCUCAUGAAGAUGCUGAAUGGGAUAUCACAAGACAGUACAGAGAGUCAACAGAAGAGCACAGAACAGCAAAACACUGAGGGGCCCAGUGCAGAUAAACAGAACUCUGGCACACAGUUUGGCCAUAUAACACACUCUAGAAACACUGUUCUGAGAACGGCAGACUCUGGAACUAUUAACAACACAGUGGACUCUUAUACUGUCCUGGGAAAAAUGGAAUCAAGAACACACUCGACACAGAAAAGCACUAUAUGGACUGAAAAAGCUAAUUCAAAUUCUUUGUCACCAGACAUUAGUAAAAUUAAGGGCAAUGGUGUUUGUGCUUUAGUGUACUCCGUCCAGAUGGAUCCUGUUUGUUAUCCGCCUGAAAUCCGUGACAAAUUGCAAAGCCUAGAUCAACGUGUUGGUAAGCAACGUAUGUCCUUGUUUGACGAACUGAAAUCUGCAGAGACAAACUCAACUACUUGUCCUACUGAUCUGGGAACAGGUGUGGAAAUGGAGGUUGCCACCUGUGCAGAUCCCUAUGAGUUGGGUGUGAAAGAUCAGAUCUCCAGACAUUCAAAUCAGAUGUGCGAUUCUCUGACCUCAUACCGGGACAAAAAUGUGACAUCUGAUACUGCAUUUGGGCACGAUUCCCCAGCUGCGCUCAAACGCAGAAGGGAGUCAUUUUCCAAGAGGUCCAGGUCUGAUGUGGCCACUGAUAAUGAUUCGGGCACAGCGCAAACACCCACCACAAAUACACCAUUCACAUCUGUGGAGACAUGUCCAGCUGGCAUGUGGAAAUCUAUGGAAUGUUCUAGAGGUCUUGGACAUUUCCGUACACGAUCGAUGUCUCUGGACACGGGGUUGUCAUAUGAGGAGGAGGAUCACAGAUGGGAGGGCAUGUUUUGUGCAGGGACACAGCGAUGCUCCCAUUGCGGAUCUCAGAUAAGCAGCGACAAUGGCUGGGAGAAACCUCAACCUGAGCAGUCCUCAAAUCUGCCUUACUCUCUGGAUGAGCUGGAGGAGAUGAUGAAGUGCAUGAGAAAGUUCCAGAGUGUUCUGACGGAAAUUGAAGUAAGACUAGAGGAACAACUAGCAUCUGUACACUGCUCGCUUACAGACUCCCACAGAGAGGAAGUGAAGGAUAUUUUGAGGAUACGAGAAGCUGUCAAACAGGAAGCUGGGAUGCUCGAACAGCAGCUGUCCGAUUUGGUACACCACUAUGGUGAUAGCAUCAAAAUGAAGCUGAAUCGGCUCUUGGAUGAACAGUCUCAGCUGUGUUCCCAACUGCGUAUCACCCCUUCUGAAAGGCCCCGUCUUGGACUGCCCUCGACCAGGAGUGUGGGCACUCAGUGCUGCUUGCUGCCUGUGACAUCCAACCCACUGAGAUGUGUUCACCAUCACUGUACAUGUCAGAGAGCAGCAUGCCACGAUCCACACAAAUAUCAAACCCAGUGGGGGCCCAACUGCAAGCCAGACAGGCUGGACUUUGUAGCUUUUAUUAAAAGUGUAAGAAAUGUCUUGAAUCCUAGUAGGGUUGGGAAAAAUCUGGAACUAAAUGAUUUUCAUGACAUUCAGUUAACGCGUCUUGAACGUCUGCAUUCUUCUGCCGAUGUGAACAAAGCAGCAUACUAAAAUACUCUGUGAGUGCUUUCGGUUAGCGAUGUCUGAUUCAUGAACAGAUUGUUCUUUUGAAUCAUAUCUUUUUAAUUAAUGAAGCCUAACCAGUCAAACCUGUUGAACUCCUCAGUCUAACGGCUCAAAAAAAAGUAAAGAAUCAUUCAGUGCAAUCGGAACCAGAAUCAUUCAAUGUCAUUUGAUUCCCUAAUCCUAAAGGCCGAAACAUGAUCUACGCAAGUAUGUAAACACAGAUGCAAAUGCUUGGCCACUGCAUUGUCAAUGCACUGUCCAGUUGAACGUGCUUAACGUGCAUGUUCUGCAUUACUGUGGUGGGAACGAACCUUCAAGGGGGCAAUAGAGUUACCUUCAAACAUCUGUGCCAUUAAAAUAUAAGCGUUAUUAUUCAGGUAAGUAUACAUUAUAUAAAUGUAUUGACUUUCCUUACUUGCUCAGCAAUACAGUAUUCUCUUUUAACUGUUGUUCUGACAUUAGUUAUAGUUGGCUUGAAAGAGAAAGUUCCCUGUAGAAGUGGAUAGUUCACACUAAUCUCGCUAUAGUGCCCCUUGUGGCAACAUUAAGAAUCCACGCGCACUUGCGUUGUGUUGCGGUUUAUACACUUCUGGAAACACAACAAUGCACAAAAUAUAGUUACCUUGGCUAGCUUAAGUGUUUGCGUUUACGUACUUGUAGAGUAUAUGUUUCGGCCAUCACUGUCAGAACUGAAUCUGUCUAUGGUUAAAUAUCUCAAGUGUUUUUAACUGUGCACUUUUAUC